CAGAUAAGCCCACAGAGCUCCUGGAAUCACACGGGUUGCUGUUCCUGAGGUGAAACGUGAGACUGGCCAUUGGAAUCCCUGGGCCCGGGUCGGGCUUGGCCAGGAGUGCCUGAGGAGCUCCAAGGGAGCUCGCGGCCGGGCCAGGCUGGACCGAAAUCCACGGCCCCCAGGGUCUGCACUGACAGGUGAGUACCAUCUCGACCAUGUCUGGCUCCAGGGAUUUACAGGGACCCACACAUUCAUCCAGAAUCUGGGAUCUACACUGUCCUGGUCAGGAUUUCCUAUCCGGGAACUUUGCCCAUAUGCUGGGUCUUUGGUGCUAGGAAAGGGUUUGAUCAGAAAGGUCCUAUUCAGGAAAGACUCUGUGGGGUUUUUGUGGACCCUGCAAAUCAUGCCUAAUUUAUGAGGCUGAGGUGGGGCAGUAGAGAAACAAUCUAGAGAGGGUGCCUGGCUUCAGGCCGGUACAAAUUUAGUCUUUAGUCUCCAUUGGGGCAGCGCUACUAGUUACUUCUUGGGACCCUAGAGUUGGAUGAGUGGCCCUGGAUAGCACAGCCAGAGGAAGUGCUUAUAGUCCUAGGGUGGCAGGGUGUCUCUUCCCAUUGCCCCGAGCUGGGCCUCCUCUUAGUGGGGUGUGGGGGUGCUUCCUUUCUGUCCCCACUCUGCACUCUCUGGGGCCUGACACCUUCUCCAGCAGCUACAGAGCCAGGGCAUAGACAGCUGGAGUGGAGCAGACACUGUCCAUGAAGCUGGUUGACAAAGUGGACAGGGGGCCGUUGGUGAUGGCACAGUUUGACACUGAAUACCAGCGCCUAGAGGCUUCCUACAGUGAUUCACCCCCAGGGGAGGAAGACCUGUUGGUGCAUGUGGCUGAGGGGAGCAAGUCACCUUGGCACCACAUUGAAAACCUUGACCUCUUCUUCUCUCGAGUUUAUAACCUACACCAAAAGAAUGGCUUCACAUGUAUGCUCAUUGGGGAGAUCUUUGAGCUCAUGCAGUUCCUCUUUGUGGUUGCCUUCACCACCUUCCUGGUCAGCUGUGUAGACUAUGACAUCCUAUUUGCCAACAAGAUGGUGAACCACAGUCUUCACCCUACUGAACCCAUCAAGGUCACUCUGCCAGAUGCCUUUCUGCCCGCCCAAGUCUGUAGUGCCAGGAUUCAGGAAAAUGGUUCCCUUAUCACCAUCCUGGUUAUUGCUGGUGUCUUUUGGAUUCAUCGGCUUAUCAAGUUCAUCUAUAACAUUUGCUGCUACUGGGAAAUCCAUUCUUUCUACCUGCAUGCUCUGCGCAUCCCCAUGUCUGCUCUUCCAUAUUGCACAUGGCAGGAAGUGCAGGCCCGGAUAGUGCAGACCCAGAAAGAGCACCAGAUCUGCAUCCACAAACGUGAGCUGACAGAGCUGGACAUCUACCACCGCAUCCUUCGUUUCCAGAACUACAUGGUGGCACUGGUUAACAAAUCCCUCCUGCCUCUGCGCUUCCGCCUGCCUGGCCUUGGGGAGGCCGUCUUUUUCACCCGUGGCCUCAAGUACAACUUUGAGCUGAUCCUCUUUUGGGGCCCUGGCUCUCUGUUUCUCAAUGAAUGGAGCCUCAAGGCUGAGUACAAACGUGGAGGGCAACGGCUAGAGCUGGCCCAGCGCCUCAGCAACCGCAUCCUGUGGAUUGGCAUCGCUAACUUCCUGCUAUGCCCCCUCAUCCUCAUCUGGCAAAUCCUCUAUGCCUUCUUCAGCUAUGCUGAGGUGCUGAAACGGGAGCCAGGGGCCCUGGGAGCACGCUGCUGGUCACUCUAUGGCCGCUGCUAUCUCCGCCACUUCAAUGAGCUAGAGCAUGAGCUGCAGUCCCGCCUCAAUCGAGGCUACAAGCCCGCUUCCAAGUACAUGAAUUGCUUCUUGUCACCUUUGUUGACACUGCUGGCCAAGAAUGGAGCCUUCUUUGCUGGCUCCAUCCUGGCUGUGCUUAUUGCCCUCACCAUCUACGAUGAAGAUGUGUUGGCUGUGGAACACGUCCUCACCACCGUCACACUCCUGGGGGUCACCGUGACCGUGUGCAGGUCUUUUAUCCCGGACCAGCACAUGGUGUUCUGCCCCGAGCAGCUGCUCCGCGUGAUUCUCGCUCAUAUCCACUACAUGCCUGACCACUGGCAGGGUAAUGCCCACCGCUCGCAGACCCGGGACGAGUUUGCCCAGCUCUUCCAGUACAAGGCAGUGUUCAUCUUGGAGGAAUUGCUGAGUCCCAUUGUCACCCCACUUAUCCUCAUAUUCUGCCUGCGCCCCCGGGCCCUGGAGAUUAUAGAUUUCUUUCGCAAUUUCACCGUGGAGGUUGUUGGUGUUGGAGAUACCUGCUCCUUUGCUCAAAUGGAUGUUCGCCAGCAUGGUCAUCCCCAGUGGCUAUCUGGUGGGCAGACAGAAGCCUCUGUGUAUCAGCAAGCUGAGGAUGGAAAGACAGAGUUGUCACUCAUGCACUUUGCCAUCACCAACCCUGGCUGGCAGCCACCACGUGAGAGCACAGCCUUCCUAGGCUUCCUCAAGGAGCAAGUUCAGCGGGACGGAGCAGCUGCUGGCCUUGCCCAAGGGAGUCUACUUCCUGAAAAUGCCCUCUUUACAUCCAUCCAGUCCUUACAAUCUGAGUCUGAGCCACUGAGCCUUAUUGCCAAUGUGGUAGCUGGCUCAUCCUGCCGGGGCCCCCCUCUGCCCAGAGACCUGCAGGGCUCCAGACACAGGGCUGAAGUUGCCUCUGCCCUGCGCUCCUUCUCCCCUCUGCAGCCCGGGCAGGCCCCCACUGGCCGGGCUCACAGCACCAUGACAGGCUCUGGAGUGGAUGCCAGGACAGCCAGCUCCGGGAGCAGUGUGUGGGAAGGACAGCUACAAAGCCUGGUGCUGUCGGAAUAUGCUUCCACUGAGAUGAGCCUGCAUGCUCUCUAUAUGCACCAGCUCCACAAACAGCAGGCCCAGGCUGAGCCUGAGCGGCAUGUGUGGCACCGCCGGGAGAGUGAUGAGAGUGGGGAGAGUGCCCCUGAAGAGGGGGCAGAGGGUGCCCGGGCCCCCCAGCCUAUCCCCCGUUCUGCCAGCUAUCCCUGUGCAGCACCCCGACCUGGAGCUCCUGAGACCACCGCACUGCACGGGGGGUUCCAGAGGCGCUAUGGGGGUAUCACAGAUCCUGGCACAGUGCCCCGGGCUCCCUCUCACUUCUCUCGGCUACCUCUUGGAGGCUGGGCUGAAGAUGGGCAGUCAGCAUCAAGGCACCCUGAGCCCGUGCCUGAAGAGGGCUCGGAGGACGAGCUUCCCCCCCAGGUGCACAAGGUAUAGACAAGGCUGAGGAGGGUCCCUAUGUCCUAGGAUGGAGGCCACUGCUGCCCUGCCAUCCCAUCUGCCUGCCAUAGGAGGGCUCCUCUGAGUGUUGCCUGGCUCCACGUGUGUGGUGUUUGUGUGUCGUGCCUGGCCAAGGGAGGUGCCAACACUGGGCUUGCCACAGCCCCAGGAGAGGAAUUUGGGGCCUAGGAAACCAGGGGCACACAGGACUUUAGCCUCAUCCCCAGGACCCCCUUGGCUCGGAGUGUGGUGCUAGAAACUGGUUCCCAGCCCAGCCCCCGUACUGCCACCUUUGCACCCACCCCUGCAAGUCUCCUGAGGGCUGCCCACUGCAGAAGCUGCCAAGCAGGGAGAAUCUGUGCCAACUGUGAAGUGGGAAGGUUGGGCCUGGACCCUCAACCCCUGCAGUCUAUCCCUCACUCUUAAAUAGACGAGCAGCUCAGGCUGUGGCCCUUACCUCACCCCCAGUUCUUGCCCAGUUCUGGAGCCAGCUCACCUACUUCCUGCACAUCACUGGCAUGUGUGUGCUGCUUGCUCCCCUUCUGUUCGCUUGCUCCCCUUCUGUUCAGCUUUUGCUUUACGUUGGGGUGAAGGCCCUUGCUCCCAGCUUCCCUCUACCUAUCUUGUGACACUAAGAAAGAAGGUCAUCCUAUAAGAGAAAAAUGGGAAAGUCUCUGCUGCCCUCUCCAACUUUUAGGACGGGGCCCUGGGAGACUGAGGCUUUCCUGGGCCCCCAUUGCUGCUUUUUGUACCCCUCACCACCUGCACAUGGGACAGACAGAGCUGGGUUGUGACUUCGGCUGCCUGCGUCCCAGCAAGAGAGCUCUGGCCUACAUCUUGCUGUCCCUUGGAAGGUGAUGGAAGGGCCAUGGGCUCGCCCUAGACUUUGGGCUGCCGCAAUGCAUGCUGGGACUCAGCUCUACUCUCUGCCCAGCCCUCACCCAGCUCCGGUCCGCUUUGGGAGAGUGAAUUAUGCUGCCCGAACUCACAGAGAACAGGGUGAGGACCGUGUACAGCUUGAUAAUCCUUAAUAAAGGGACUUUGACCAG